AUGCAAUCAAUCGGCUUGUUCCCUCCCCUGCUCCGCUUUGUGAAUCUCCAACUGACGGCCUUGAACGAGUUGCGUCUCUUACCGCUUGCCGGAUCCUACGCCUCGAUUGCCGAUGUCCAAUUCGAAGCUCUCAGCGCGGCUACCGACGAGCUCCGGAACCUGCUCCUCGUCCUUCCCGAGUCUCCGACCGUCCAUCCACCAGCAGAGGAACACAAACCACCACCAGAGGACGAUGAGGAGACCGAAGACCAAGAGAAAAGAUCGGCCUAUAGACUCAGAUCGGUCACCUAUCGGAUCCUCUUACUCUGGACUCGUAACCUACUCCCGACACUCGAACGUGCCCUCAGAGUCGGCAUCUAUCAUCAGUUAGGCAUCAACUCCCCUCAACCUCGCUUCCUCGAUUUAUUCGACCGAGCCGAACGUUUGCUCACCGAGAUCUUCCCCACUCACAAUCAACAACAACAACAACAGAAGAACCUCAAGGACGAUCUGAAGGCUCCUCUGGAAAAAACCCAAUCUGAGACUGAUUCUCCAUCUUCACCCAAACCAAAUCAUGAUGAGAAACCUGCUCACAGAGUCGAUCACGGUGAUGAGCACCCAUCACCCACCGAGGAGGAUAGACCUAUCCCAAAACAAAUCACCUCCACGCUUCAACACCCUGAUCACCAGGACAGUCCGGUUAAGGCUAGCCCCGAACAAGACAAGCCCUCAUCCGACAAUCAGCCCCCAUCCGAAAAACAGUCUUCAUCCGAAAAACAGUCUUCAUUCGAAAAUCAGCCUUCAUCCGAAAACAAGCCCUCAUCCGAAGACAAGCCCUCAUCCGAAGACAAGCCCUCAUCCGAAAAAAAUCUGGAUGAUCCUCAGACCACUUUGGAUAAGCCUGAUUCUGAUCACAGUUCUUCCAAGCCCUAG